AUGUCUGUGUACGCUGGAAGAGCCUGGUCGCUUCUCAGAUUUUAUAAAGAUUAUGCGUACGCGGGCGUCGCAUAUAUUGCGAAUUCUAGAGCUCAUAAAUCGAUGCCUUCGUUGACACCGUUGGAACCGAUCGAGAUAUGCUCGCCGGCGGUUACUAGAAUUCUUGGAUUCAAUCCAGGCCCGUUUACGCUUCAAGGCACCAAUACGUAUUUGUUGGGAACUGGAAAACGAAAAAUUCUUGUCGACACUGGUGAGCCGAACAUUUCUGAUUAUAUCGGAGCACUCAAAACUGUCCUCAAGGAGAAUGAAAUUGAGUGUAUGGUUAUUACUCACUGGCAUGGAGAUCAUGUUGGCGGAAUCAAUAACAUUGUUUCGGAUAUUCUGAACUCGAAAAAGGUGCCGAUUUACAAAUUCCGUCGAGAAGCGGAUGAGGAGAAGGAGAGAUUCCAGUAUGUCGAUGAUGGAUUCAUUGUGGCGGUUGAGGGAGCAACAUUGAAAUUUAUUCAUACGCCAGGCCACACCACUGAUCAUUUUGCUCUUUGGCUUGAAGAAGAGGAGACAUUGUUCAGCGGAGAUUGUAUUCUUGGAGAAGGAACGACUGUUUUUGAAGAUUUACAUGAUUAUAUGACAAGCUUGAACAAAAUCAAAGACUUGAAGCCGAAAAAGAUUUAUCCAGGUCAUGGUCCCGUAAUCAACGAUGUUGCAAAAAAGAUUGAAGAAUAUAUCGAGCAUCGAAUGAAGCGCGAACGCGAAAUUGUUGCUGUUUUAAAGGAUCAUGACGAGAUUUCGAGCAUGGAUAUUACGAAUCAAGUCUACAAGGAUACCCCUUGGGCGGUCCGACUUGCUGCUUUAAACAAUGUCAAACUUGUGCUCAACAAAUUGAUUAAAGAUGGUGUUGUAACCAACGUCGGCUUCGAGAUGUAUCGCUACAUUGGUCCAAAACAGUCACCAAGCUUGUGA